AAUGCAGAAAAUUAUGUUCUAUACUUAUGAGUAGUAGCUAGUAUACGUAUUAUUAUUAUUAUUGUUAUUGUUAUUAUUACAACCGAGGAUUAAAAAAUAUAUUGAAUGAUAUACUCUGUAUCUUGUUUAUGUUUCUAUACAUAUGCACGUAUAUUGAUUACAUCAUAUUAGAAAAUGUUAGCUACAGCAACCACAGCUACUCUUCAAGGAGAUGAAGAAUUCGAGGAAUAUAAUCCACAAGCGAAAUUAAUAAAAACUCUUGAAGGAAAUGGAAUAACGGCAGGAGAUAUAAAAAAAUUAGAAGAAGCUGGUUACUACACAGUAGAAGCUGUAGCUUAUGCUCCCAAAAAACAUUUACUCGCCAUUAAAGGCAUCAGUGAAGUUAAAGCAGAUAAGAUUUUACAAGAAGCUUCGAAACUGGUUGUAAUGGGAUUUAAAAGCGCCACUGAAAUUCAUCAGACUCGAUCAAAUAUCGUUUUCGUGACUACUGGUUCCAGUGAAUUAGAUAGAUUAUUAGGAGGGGGUAUAGAGACUGGUUCUAUCACAGAAAUUUUUGGUGAAUUUAGGUCAGGAAAAACUCAGUUGUGUCAUACGCUUGCAGUCAAUUGUCAGUUACCUAUAGACAUGGGCGGUGCAGAAGGAAAAUGUCUUUAUAUAGAUACAGAAGGAACUUUUAGACCUGAAAGAUUAAUCGCUGUUGCAGAAAGGUAUAAGAUUGCAGGGGAUUCUGUAUUGGAUAAUGUAGCAUGUGCUAGAGCUUAUAACACAGAUCAUCAAACUAAAUUGCUAAUUCAGGCUAGUGCUAUGAUGACAGAAUCCAGAUAUGCCUUAUUAAUAGUCGAUAGUGCAACUAGUUUAUACAGGACUGAUUACUCUGGAAGAGGAGAAUUAUCUGCAAGACAAACACAUUUAGCUAGGUUUCUUAGAAUGCUAUUGAGGAUAGCCGACGAACAUGGUGUUGCUGUUGUUAUAACCAAUCAAGUUGUAGCACAAGUUGAUGGUGCAGCUAGUAUGUUUGGUGGUGAUCAAAAGAAACCGAUUGGUGGUAAUAUUAUAGCACACUCGAGUACAACAAGAUUAUAUUUACGUAAAGGAAGGGGAGAAACUAGGAUAUGCAAAAUUUAUGAUUCACCCUGUUUACCUGAAAGCGAAGCGAUGUUUGCUAUAAAUGCAGAUGGGAUUGGAGAUGUUAAAGAAUAACAUGUUUUUUAUUUAUAAAGGGUAAAGAAAGAGCUGUUAAAUAUUCCAUGAAACAUAAAUUUAUUUUUGUAAUUUUACAUAAUAUUUUAAGUAACUUGUUUUAUUACACAAAAGUAUUGAAUAAGCAAUAAAUACUAUUUAGUUUAGGAUUAUUAUGUAAUGAAAUUAACUAAUGAAAUGAAAUAAAACUAAUGAGAAGAAUUAAGUGUACAAUA